AUGAUGAAUUACACAGAAGAUGUGACAGAUGAUACCUUAUUUAUCUAUAAAGCAUUUUUGGACUUACGCCGAAAAGAACCGUUAAUACGAAUUCUGGCAUUCAGUCAGUGUCGCGAUAUUAAUGUAAUCCUUCAUUAUGGCUUACAAUGUAUAUCAGCAAAAGAUGUCACAAUAGAAUAUGAUUGCCCGUGGAAAUGGGUACCCGAAUGUAAAUGGUUUUCCUUUAUGCUCAUUUUCAAUAUGAGAAAUAGCAAUUUCUCUAUCAAUACAAAAGAAAUAUUGGUAAGUGAAAGAAAUCGAAUGGUUGCUAUCCCGUUGCAAUUGCUCCCGCGGAAAUACCAAGAUACUUUGCACGUUUGUGUGCCACCUCUAUACUGGUACUGGAAUUAUGUUGCAUUCAUACAAUUCAUUGAGAUUUGGAGAAAGCAAGGUGCUACAAUGUUUUACAUUUAUUACGUAUCAGUCAAUAGACAUAUGAUGGAUAUUUUGAAAAUCUAUGAAAAAGUGGGAAUUAUUCGGUUAAUUCAUUGGCAAAUGUUGCCACGGUCAAAACUGAUUGACCCAAAUCGAUGGAUUUACCGUUUUGGUCAUACGCUUAGCAUGAAUGAUUGUUUGCAUAGUUCAUUCGCUAAAUAUGUUGCAUUGGUCGACAUCGAUGAAUUUAUUAUUCCAAAUUCUGGAACGUUACUGCCAUUUUUACGCAAAAUGCAUAAUUUAAAUGAUACAGCUGGAAGUUUCGUAUUCGAGCAUGCUCGAGUACGAUUUCAGGGCUGGAUUCUAUUUAAAUCACAACGAAAAUUUGAUUUUGCUUGGCUAAAAAAUGCUGAAUUUCAAAUUCAAGAAGGCCCAUCAAAAACGAUUUUCAUGCCUGAACGUGUGCAAAUUUUAGUAACCCAUAAAGUGCGCGAAUUUUUCAAACCAUAUAAGUCAUUCAAAAUAAAUAGCAAUGACGGGUUAUUAUAUCAUGCACGUUCUAAUUGGAUUUUCACAAGUCUGAACGAUUCCAUUUUUCAUCCAACGGAUAUUUUCCGCAAAUACAUUACUGAUCUAAACAAUCAGUAUCAAAAAAUGAUAGCACAAGUACUUUGGCAAGAUUGGAAUCUUGUUCCUUUCUGGAAAAUUCUUUCUAAGAAAAUUGAGAAAUGUACUUCCAAAUGGCGCAUGUAUGGUUGUAAAGCUCCAUAUCAUCUAUGUUGGAAAGCGCUAAAUGAUGAAGACGAAUGGAUUUUCAGUCAUAUCAAUGUUAAAAGUGAUUACAUUUUACUAUAG